AUGAAUGCGAAAAAGAUAUUGGAACAUAAACGAGCAAAAGAUCGAGAAUAUGAAGACAAAGAAUCGAAACGAAAAAAGGAAUUUGCAGAAAGUAGGCAAAAACGACAGCGAGAAGCAGCUGAAGCUGAAAUUUCCUCGGAUAUGGGAGCGCAUGGAUCACCUAAAGGUAUGGAAGAAAUCUUCUCAGACCCUGAAAUACUCACUUUAUUAAAAGACAAGGAGGUGUUGAAGGCUUAUUCGGAUAUACUGGAACAUCCGGAAAACCUAGCAAAACAUAUGACGAAUGAAAACGUGAGAAAAUUACUGGAUAAGAUGAGAAAAUUUAAAGGUUUUCCUCAGCCAGAAGAUGCCUCAAAGAUAUUUAAACAUGGUCAAGCGGAAGAGGCAAAGACAGCAGAUAGUGCAUUUGCAAAACCGCCUCCUAAAAUGCCUGAACCAGAUCUUGAUUGA